AUUGAGUCAGCCAAAAAACAGCAGCCAACCGACGACGACGACGUGUCUAUAUCAAUGCUGGCAGUUCUAUUUAAAUUUUCGGUAGCAUCGGCCGCAGUUUCCCUACAUUAUCCCGACCAAAAUUCAAAUUACAUUUAUCCUCAAGAUAAAUAUUUAUAAGCUACAUUGCAUUAAAAGACAUGCGUUCAAUUUUGUCGUUGAUUCUAUGGCAGCUGCUGGCGGUUUACUGUGCUGACAGUUCAGCGCUGCGCUGCUACACAUGCGAGGAUUGCGAUGAGCAUUCCAAUUUGUCGGAGCUGGAAGUAUGCAGUGUGCCGUUCACGGACUCGCAGCAGCCGCCGGCUGGAACUGGCCUGCCAGCUGCAUCGAGCCCGAGUCCAAACACAAAUCCAGCGCCUGCAUCCAAGCCACCAGCUCCGGCAGCCAAUGCGCCCGCACCGGCUGCAGCUGCUAAUGCGCCCGCUCCAGGACAAACUCAGUUUCCUCCCAAGCCCGGUUCCGAAAGUGAGACUGAGGAGGAUUACGAGAGCGAUGAGGAAGAAUCUGCAGCACCAUCCACUUUGGGCAUUAUGCCCGCUGCAAGCAAUGUGCCUGGAGCAGGUGCAGCGGGGGCAGCAGGCGGAGGCGUAGGAUUAGGCACGAAUGCGGCCUCAGGCACAGCUGCUGCUCCAGCAAAAGCACCAGCUGCAGCUGCUGCUGCAGUGCCAGCCGCCGGAGCCGGAGUUGGAGCCGGAGCCGGAGCCGGAGCCGCUGGUGGCGACAGCGAAACUGCCGAGGACGAGGAGGAUGAAGAGGAUUACGAUGAGCGACGCAGGCGCAGCGUCAGUCGCCAGAGCCAGGACACGCAGAGAGCCGUUUGCUAUAUUGCGAGUCUGAGACUCAACGGCACGGAAAUAACAAAUCGUGGCUGCACCAUUGUCACGGCUGACAAUCAGACUGGCGCCUGCAAUACCCUGUUUAAUGGCUGGGAUGUGGUUAACUGCAAUCUAUGCGAAUCGAAUGGCUGCAAUUCACCCAUAAAUGCCGUAGUGCUGGGCCAAUGGAGCAGCGGCUCCGGCAGCUGCCGUUUAUCAGGCCGCACGGCGCUGGCUAUGACGCUGCUGGCCAUGUUGUCUUCGGCGUGGAUCUGUAAAUGAUAACAGCUAUAUUUAAUCUAUAAUAAUAAAUAUACAUAUAUAUAUA